GUUAUAACAUCAAGCGUGAUAGAAAUAUUUCUCUCGCAGUCUAAGAAAUAGAGGAAGAGACAAAGACAGUAGACUCAGGAAACACAGUCAGGUCUGUUUUGAACAUCUCUGGAAAAGAUCAAAAGAAAGAGGACUUUAGACAAAAGAAAGGCAAAUAAGGAAGAGGGAGACAAUAGACAAGUGGACUAAUUAACUUAUGACUUCUGGGGGCUGUGGAGAUUUUUGCUUAAGAACAGAAGAGAUUUCCAAGUCAGAAUAAAUGCGACUCAAUAUGUAGAUGUUCUGCCGGUUUCUGAGUAAAUUUCCCCCCUUUCCCCACCCCCAGAAUUUAAUAAUUUACUCUGCACGCCAAUCAGCAAAGACAAAUCUUAAUGUUUUUGGAGAAAUCUGGGAGAUGCGUCUGAGAGAAAGAUGCAGAGAAGAGAAUUCUGACAUGGUGCCGACCCAAAUUGACAGAGACGAGGAAAGAGUGGACUAUUCAGUGGCAGACACGUCUCCAACCAGACACAGGUAUUCUCUAUUCGAUAUUAAGAUUCAAUUAAGAUAUCAAAAUAUUGAUCCAUGCUAACUCAAACUACCACCAAUAUUGUGCUCUGAUCUUGUAUUUGUAAGUCCUCUUGGAUGUGUGUAAUUGACUUUGUGAUGUUAAAUAGUUGUUUCAUUUGAAACCAGAUUCCAAUAUUUGCUGCCUCACUGAUAUAUACUAUUUUAUUAUUUUAUAGUAUAUUAUUCUAUUGAAAAGCCACCACUAAAUUGCUUUGUCAGAAUAUAAUUGUAAAGCAAUACCUUUUAUCGUCAACAAAUGAUCAGAUUCAUGUUGAGGAUAAAUCGUUUCCCAAAAAUGUAGUAAUAAAAUAAGUAAUAUACCAAGAGACUGUCCCUGUAAAUGAUAACUCACAAUUUACAACUGUGUUAAAUGCGUCAUUAAUGGUGUUCUUGAUUUAGAGCAACAGAUUAACUGAAAGCCAUACGACAAACUGCUGAACUAUCACAAGCCAUAACCGUCUGAGACGAUAAUCCUCGCUGUUUCUAAAACACAGCGCUGUGCUUAGUAUCGACAAGAAUCCUGUGCUUCUGUUGUCAGCGUGUCAGUCAGUCACUUUGUGGCUUGUGUUACUGUGAGAAGAAACACAAUGUGUAGGCUUUGUCUAAAGAGAAACUAUAUGAAGAUGGAGGAGGAGGAGACAGACAUUUUCCCUGUCAGAGACUGAAAAAAAAAGGAGCAUCAGGCAAACGACAGACAACUGUGGCUGUGAGCAGACUUAUAAGUGCUUCCUAAAUCAAAAAGGUCACCCUGCUGUCAGAUAGACAGAAAAGGACAAAGACAUGAGUGGAACCAGUGAAACCAAGCUAGUUAUAAAUUGUGACUGAGUGCUCUACCUGCUUGGACGACACAGACCCUGCUCGCAUCGCAGGGGGACACAGACAAUAACCUCCAAUAAAAGGAGGGAGGCAAACGCCAGAUAGAGAGCAGGGGAGAAAUCCCCUUCCUCUCUGUCGACCCAUCUCGUCGUCAAGAUGGCAGGCUCAGCUAUGGCAUUCACCUUUGCGGCCUUCUGCUACAUGCUCACCUUGGUGCUGUGUGCUGCUCUCAUCUUCUUUGUCAUAUGGCAGAUCAUUGCAUUUGAUGAGCUUCGCACAGACUUCAAAAAUCCCAUUGAUCAGAGCAAUCCCACCAGAGCGAGGGAAAGGAUUCUAAACAUUGAAAGAAUCUGCAACCUGCUCCGCAGAUUGGUGGUGCCGGAGUAUUCCAUCCAUGGGCUCUUCUGCCUGAUGUUCAUGUGUGCUGGAGAGUGGGUCACACUUGGCCUAAAUAUCCCGCUGCUCUUCUACCAUCUUUGGAGAUUUUUUCAUCGGCCAGCUGACGGCUCAGAGGUCAUGUAUGAUCCCGUCAGUGUGAUGAACGCCGACAUUCUCAACUACUGCCAUAAUGAGUCUUGGUGUAAGCUGGGCUUUUAUCUGCUCUCUUUCUUCUAUUAUCUCUACAGGUCAGUACAAAUUCACAAUCUUGUCAAUCCACUGUUGCUUGAUUAGGUUUCAGUAAUGGCUUUCAGAUUUGUUGCAAUGUUGUGUGAACUUAGAGCUCCUAAAUUACUGUUUUCUCCAUAUUCUUUCAUCUGUUGCCACUGUCUAUUUCCUGCUGAAGUAUGGUCUACUCCUUGGUGAGCUUCUAACAUACAGGAUAUCUGGAGAAAUAAAAGGAAGUAUAUGUAAGAAAGACACAGAGAAACAAAGGGAGACAAAUACUCUUCCUCUCUCCGUGUAUCCUCCCAAUCACUGACUUGGGUUGUCUAACAUUGGACAAACACAAGACCAAUCUGAGUGAUAAUGUGAAUGUAAAGGCCUCCAGUCAAAUAUAUCGCUUUGACCCAGAUACUUCUGUCGGACGACUGGACAAAGAUUUGAAGGACUGAAACGAAACAGAAAGAGGACGCAGCAGGUGUGUUGCCUUUGACCAAUUAUACAAAUUAACAAUAUAUUCCUGAAGGGCUGGAGUUUUCCCAUGCUGCUCUUACUGAUCCAGUCGCUCAACUCACUGUGAAUCUCCAAACACUUAGGGGCUGGAAAGCAAAAUAAUAUGUCUGUAUUCUUUGACUUUGAAAAUGUACUAAAAGCAGGAUUGUUCAGUAUCAUUCCAUGUGUUUAAGAUGAUAGACACCUCUAAUAUUAAACCACUGCUUUGAUUGUGUUAGAGGUACAUACAACUGUAAGAAACAGGUUAGAUUGUACAGGAGGACUUUAAAGCACUGUAAGAAAUGCAGACGUUCUGGCAGGGGAAUGGUGAUAAAGCAUAGAUCAAUCCAACAUCUCCUUGAUGCCAUCCCCGGCCAAAAGUCAAAUUGCACACUGUAACAAAAACAAAAAGGAAUUAAUCAUAUGUUUGACUGCAAGGGUCAGUGCUUGUAAUGUGCAUUUCAAAAUAAGUAUAUCCAUAAGCUCUAAGGGUGUAUUUUAUGCUACAUGCUAGGAUCAUGCUUUCCAAAGAGCUCCAUGCUCAGACAUUUAAUAUCAAAAGUCUGUUUCUGGAAAAAUGUUGUGCCAAAUUAAAGAGAAAAGAAAAGUGAUGGGUAGGUGAUCUUCACCUACGUGCUGGGGCGCUGUCGGGUCUUUUUUUCCCCUUACUGUUCAUUUUGGCACAAUGUUUUUUUAUUGAUAAAAAUAGAAAACACAUGUAGUUCUGUUGUAUUUUUUUAAUGUGCAGUGAGCGCCUUAUUCCUAUUUCCAGUUUACUCUCACUCAUCUGCAUCUGUACUAUUGUCAUUUUUAGCACUGUAACUUUUCUCUGAUCCGAGGUAGAAUAGAAAUCUCAUGUACAAAAAGCAAUUAAAAACAGCAAACUAGCAAUGUGAUAUGAUUCAUGAGACAUAUCAAUGCAGUGUUAUUCAUGUAUGUAAUAACAGUGAGUGGGAGACGAGGCAAUAACGCCUAUGACAAUGUUUUAGUUAUUUCAGAAAUGUAAAGGCAGUGAAGUCAUCUCGAUACGUCUACAAUCAUACAGACUGACGUAAGACGUUAGUGUUGCUGAUAACCAAGAUUCGUAAACAGCGAAGACUUUCCUCAGCUGGUGCUGCCUUUGCUAUCAUGUGUUCAUUAGUUUGAUCUAUUAGGAGAUAAGUGAUGGUUCAACUGUGUGAUUUUAAUAUCAGUAGAAAAAAACUGAAACUUUGGAGCCUGAGAACAAACUGUGAUGUUUGUCGCACGCCGGCUCUACAUGUAGUAAAUGGUGUUGAUGACAUGUCUGGUAUAUAAACUGUGGGACUCAAUUAGGAAAAUAACGUUGUCCUUGAAGCCUAUUGAAUUAAAAUACACACUACAACAUGAGCUUACAUGGAUUCAACAGUAGUCACUGAUAUUAAGGAUUUGUUCUUAAAUACAGGACACAAUAUAUUAAAGUACAUUUUAUUGCUAUUACUACACAAAUCAUGUUGCUGUAUGUUUAAUUACAUUUCAAAUGGAAGCAACUAUGGAUAGCAAUAUUAUAGGACAAUAGGAUCUAGCAUAAGGUUUGCAUCGUUACAUUGUUUUGUUAUUGUCCAUGAAAAGACUAAAACCAAUGUGUUAAUAUGUUUGACUUCCCUAUCCUGUCUGUGGCACUCUACUUUGUUACUACUAAUGCGUAAAUCUUUUUUUUAUUUUUAAACUGGUUAGAAAUAUAUUGUUUAAUCUUAAAUGCUAAAUAAUUGACUAACUGGGCACUGUAGUUUUUAGGAAUGGUCACUCAAAGAGGAGUAAACAGAGCAUUUAUUAGGGACUAUUUUCAGAAGCGGAUAAAUACACAUUUGCCACACUAGUGAGUAUUUACAGCAUCAGGAUGGUGUAUGUGGGUAAACUAGAUCAAUCCUUUGCUGCACAAGCAUCGUCAGCCCAAUCUCAUUCCCAGGGCAUCAAAUAGCUACCUCUUGUCACAGCGCUUGGCGUCUGAUAACGACACAUAAAGCACCCUUUGCAUCUUUAUGAGGCUUUCAAAUAACUACACAUCUCUAAACCCAUCCGCAACUUUAGAUGCUAAGAGCAAGAGCUCCAGAAGUGUAAUGACGUAGCAUAAAGACCAAAACAUUCGCUUAGAGCGAGUGGGAGGAUGGAUGGGUGAACAAACACAGGAUAGGACUUUCACCCAGGAGUUGUUGUUCGUGACCCAUGUGGAACGAAAUGUAACGUGGAGUUUUUUUCAAGUUAAGUUACGUAACUUUUAUUAACCUAAUAACAUUUUUGUUUGCCCAAGUGUCCAAUAUUGACAAGCUGGGAAUGAGAACGUGUUGGUUUUGGUCUUUUCAUAGGAUAUGUUUACAACAAGAACAAUCAUAGACUAUCCCCGGUCUUAUCUUUUACAUAAGAGUUUCAUUCACACACACAAUCAAACUUUAUCUUUUUAAAGUGAUGAAUACACAUUGCUGUCAAAAUGAUAUUCUAAAUAUAUCUGUAGUGACUGUUCAUACAGUACAUUACAUAUGCUUUAACUUUCAGGAGGAAUAAUAGCUUCACUGCAGAAGAUUCUCAAGUUUAAAAAAACAUUUUGUCCUCAGUGUUGCUGCAGUACAUGUUCUGUAUCAAUAUGUCUUACCAUAUGUGACAUUCUUGAUCGCUACAGAAAUUAAAUUAAGAAAGCUCUGUGGUAGAGCGCCCACCUACCUACACACACACACACACACAUACACACACUUCUUGUGUCGAUCAGUUUGUUUCAUGUCACUUUGCUACAAAUAACUGGUCUGAAAGGAGCAACUCAAACCACUUGUUUGAUUUGAAUUUCAACCAAAUUGCAACAUCUACUUGACUUUAAAAAUCUGUCAGUGUUGUUGAAGACACAUAAUGGACAGUACAUGCUGUGCCAAAUGGUAUUCCCAUGAAAGUAACCACAGGACCCUGAGACCUCAAAACUCUGCCAUCAAUAUGAGUGCAUGGAGUCUGGACAAUCACUAUUAAAGCACAGGAACACGAGGAAAGGAGGAAUAAUGCAGCUCGGUUGAAUGUCAUUAUGUAGUUGCUCUAAACAAAGCAUUUUAGAAAAGUGUAUUUCAGUAUAUCUAUUUGUAUCUGUCUUUUAUACAUUUAUCAUCAAUGUACGCUACAGUAAAUUUGGUGGAUUACUUUAUAUUUAUUAGGUUACACUAUGAUGUACAGUUAAUAAAGCGAUUCUCAUGCCGUAUUCUAAUAAAACAGUAAUGCCAAAAA